CCGUGACGUCACGUGGUUACAGUAGCUGCCUGCCUCCAUGCUGGGUUUGAUGUAACAGGCGUGUGGAUUGAUCAUUGUACCGGUGUUUGAGUUUCAUUGAUCGGUUAAACGGCAAUCAGACGGAUCUGUCAGCAGAUAUGUCGUACUGCAAACAGGAAGGUAAAGAUCGCGUCAUAUUUGUCACAAAAGAGGACCAUGAAGCACCAAGUAACGCUGAGCUAAUCGAAGACGACCCUAAUGAUCCGUAUGAAGAUCACGGCCUUAUUCUACCUAAUGGUGACAUAAACUGGAACUGCCCGUGUCUGGGCGGUAUGGCCAGUGGCCCUUGUGGACAGCAGUUCAAGGAAGCCUUUUCUUGUUUCCACUAUAGCAAAGAGGAGGUGAAGGGGUCCGAUUGUGUGGAAAACUUCCGGAGUAUGCAGGAAUGUAUGCAGAAAUACCCUGAGCUCUACCCCCAGGAAGACGACAAUGACAGCGCCCCCUCUGGUGGGACCGAUACUAUACCCACCGAAUCCACUUCCACUGACUCUCUCCCUACAUCCUCUCCUGAUUCCGCACCAGCAGCCACAGAAAACCCAGCAGCUAGCUAAUAUUACCCAGGCUAUAUUCCCACCUCACCUCACAGCAGAGACAGCUCCACUUUCGUGUAUGCAGAGAUCAUAUCUAAACACGCUGGAUAACUACAAUGCUCUCUCCACCUGGCUGCAUGAUGCACAGAGAGGGGGGAAGCCCUUAGACUUCAGGGUUUUUGAUUAAAAUAUUCAAAUGACAUUAACAUGCACUUGAGGGACCUAUAAAUAAUGAGUUUUGGGGAUCGAAAUGGUGAGUAUGGCCCCUCUGAAUCAUCCAGCUUUGUAUUUUCUGGUUAUAAUUUCCUCCACAACCAAAGCUCAGCUAGUUUGACUUUUGUACUACCACAGAUCAAAGGUCGUUUGGCGGUUGUACUUUGACGACUGUGCAGUUUUGGGAUGAAAAAAUAACUUGUCUAUAUACAUUUCCUGUGUUGAUUUUUGUUGUAAAACACGAUUAAACAAUUUUAUGAUGAAGAAAUGUUCUGUUGUUGAGGUUUGAAGCGAGUAGCCUGAAGUUGCCAGUACAAACGGUAGAGGGCGUGAGUGAGUAAACUCAUCUGUCAACCGAUGAUACAGUGUUUUGGCGUUAAAACGAUUAUAAUGGGGAAACAACACGUCGAAAAUAAGAUCUUCUGUUCAAUAAGAACAUUAAAAUAUCUGUUGUUUCAAAGACUAGUAGGUUUUGUUUAAAAGAAGUAUCUAACAUCGAGGGAUAAUUCUAGAUCCGUUCUCAACACAUGCUAUUGCUAACAUUUGUAACCUUAAAAUAGGUUUAAGCUCAUGUGGUUUAUUGAUAAAUUCAGUCAUGAUAACUUUACAAUAAGGUUUGAUUUGUGAACAUUAGCUAACUACAUCAGUACUAAAUGCACAAUACUUGUUCAUUUGAGUAAUUACCGAAUGCUAAGAAAUAAGACCUUAUUGUAAAGUGUCACCAGUGACAUUUACAAAUCUGUUUUGUACCAAGAGCAACUGUGCUUGGAUUGAAAUUUGUCAUUCGAAGCCUUAAUGUGACCAUUCUUGUUUUGAUUAAACAAAUCUCAUAUUUUCA